UUCAGUACUUCCUGCUUUGACGAGGAAGUCCAAGACAUUUCGACUGGUCUCUGAAAAGUCGUUUUCUUGCGGAGCCACAACCACAGGAAGAGACGGAAGCGAGCACACACUCAAAAUGUCCUUGAUGGAGCGUGGGGCCGUCCGGCCAAUUACGGCAGUGGCGUGGACCUCCAACACCAGCACCUGCCCCAAAGACUUCAUCAUGAUCAGCAUCACAGAAGACGGAUCAGCGGCGAACUUCACGCGCAGCUUUGCGAUAAAGUCUGGAUAUUACCUCUGUUACAGCAAGGACAUGACGGGCGGCAUGGUGGUUUCAGACAUUCAGCUUCUCUCAGACAAAGACGCAAUUCCUCAUGGUUACUGCUUCAUCGCAGAGCACCUUGAAGGGAAGGCCUGCGUCUCUAAGAAGAAGCGGGUGUGCAUGCGUGUCGUCCCGGUCGGCAGCGUGGACACAGCUGUGCUGGACAUCAAACUGACGGCCAAAAGCAAAAUGAUGUUGCAGCAUUACACCUACGCAGGAGAAAUCAAUGGUUACGUGUUGUGGUGCAGAAAGGGACCUUUCUCUAACCCCAUGCCUCAAGCCAAACCACGCAGUGUGUCCUUGGACAUCCGCAGCCUCUCCCUGGAACAAGAGUUUCCUCCUCAGCCCCUCAGACCCAGCAACCCCCCUUCACAGUCGCAUGGUAAAGUGAGUCAGAGACGGCACACUCUCCAGAUCACGGACAACUUGGACAAACCUGCUGACAGCAGCCUCCAGGGAAUCACAGCUCUCGAUGGAGUUCCUUUCAGCCUGCACCCGAAGUUUGAUGCCCAGGCGAACGGGACGGCUCUUCAGCUGAACUCUCAAUUAAACAACAUUCGUAUAAAGUCUCUCCAAGACAUUGAAAACGAGUUUAACUACACAUUUGCUGUGGAGGAAAUCGCUGCCAAGAGGACCAGACCAUGUCUGCCAGCAGGAGGCGUCACAUCAGAUCAGUGAUCGCUGCACUUAGUCAACACAACAAUAUCAGGGUUUCAUGUUUAACUCUGUCCAAAGGUUUUAUUUUAGGAGGACAUCUCAUCAUGGUACAAAGUACAGAUGAAGGAUUAUCCUACUUACAUUUAGAUUUAUAUUAGGCUUUAAAGAUUAUAAAUUAUCAUAACGGAGCCAAUUGAAGGGCACUACUAUUCUGAAUGACACAGUCACUUGACCAUUUCAGAUGGCAGGUCAUGCUUCUUUUUUUUCAUCUUUCAUGAAAGGAAACACCUGUUUGAAAGAGAUUUUACAUGUCACCCUAUCGUCUGAACACAUGUUUACCUUUUGUAAGAAUGCAGCCUUUAAAUGUUAUGGGGUUUAUUAUAUAAUGUAUCUAUGAACCUGUAGAGUAUCUGCUGUGUACCUGCUGCUCAUCUGCAGCGUUAAGCCCAUCUUCACUUUUACUAAUGUAAUUAUCGAAUAAUGAGAAUUGUUAAAAAUUAAGAAUGCACUUGCCAUUUAUUUAAGAUGUGUUCUCCGGCUCUGUUGUGAAUGCUGCCCACGUGGAGCUGUAACACUAUGUCAAUGCUUUGUGGAUGAGCUCUGCUGCAUCUGAUAAUCUGCAGAUAGACUAACAUAUCUAAAUGUAGCAUGUGGUGCAUUUCUUGUAUGAGGAGAAGCCAAUUAUCAGGUUUGUAGUACUUCAAAAAAUGUCCUAUUUUAAAAGGUGUAAGGAGGAAAGUUAUAUAUGUUACACUUUGUGUUUGUCACACUAAAAGACGGGGAGAGUAUUGUUUUUAUAAAUGUGGGCGGGAUUAAGGACCAAAUAUUUGCAUAUCAUCUUGUAUAAUCUAUAAUAUAUUUUUUUUGUAGUUUUUGUAAAGUUUUAUUGCAUGGGGAAAAAAUAAAAUCCUAUGAAACCCUA